CCCAGGCACGCGUUUUUUUCCCCACAGCACCGGAACUGUGAUGUCCAGGACGGAGUACUGUACCUCCCGCCCCUGGUGUUUAUGUAUAUAUUUAUUUAUUUAUCGCCCGAAUACCCAACGCAAUGAGUCGCUGGAUUCCUACGAAAAAGGAGAAAUACGGUGUUGCCAUCUAUAACUAUGAAGCGCUGGGCGAGCAGGAGCUCAGUCUGCGGGUGGGGGACACCGUGCACAUACUGGAGAUGUUUGAAGGAUGGUACAGAGGACACACACUGCGGCAGAAAUCCCAGAAGGGCAUUUUCCCAGCUUCAUACAUUCAUCUGAAAGAGGCCAAGGUUGAGGGCAGCGGCGCUGAGGAGACGGUCAUCCCCACUGACCUGCCCCUGGUUCAGGAGCUGGCAGCUACGCUGCGAGAGUGGGCACAGAUAUGGCACAAGCUAUACGUGAACAACAAGAGCAUGCUGUUCCGGAGCGUGCAGCAAAUGGCCUACAGCCUGAUGGAGUACCGCUCGCAGAUCGUCUCCGGGACCCUGCCCAAGGACGAUCUGGUGGAGCUCAAGAAGAAGGUCACCGCUAAGAUCGACUACGGCAACCGGAUCCUGGGUUUGGAUCUAGUGGUUCGGGACGAGUCCGGAAACACCCUGGACCCCGACUGCACCAGCACCGUGAGCCUGUUCCGGGCCCACGAGUCGGCCUCGGCGAGCAUCAACGAGCGCAUCCAGGAGGAAAAGAGUCGUCUGCAGAACCUGGAGAUGCGGCGUCAGACUCUCUUCAGCACGGUACACACCUACAGCCUCUUGAUUAACCUCAAGAACUUUGUCUGCAACAUCGGCGAGGAUGCAGAGUUGCUCAUGUCAAUCUACGACCCUGACCAAUCAGAGGUCAUCAGUGAGAACUUCCUGGUGCGCUGGGAUAGCACAGGCAUGCCCAAAGAGAUUGAGAAACUCAACAACCUGCCAGCUCUCUUCACUGACCUGAGCAGCAGUGACCUGAUCCGUCCGCGUCUAUUCCUGGUGUGCCAGAUCAUCAGGGUGGGCUCCAUGGAGCUCAAAGAGGGCAGGAAGCACACGGGAGGGCUGAGGAGACCCUUUGGGGUGGCAGUGAUGGACAUCACGGAUAUCGCUCACGGGAAAGCUGAUGAUGAGGACAAACAGCACUUUAUCCCCUUCCAGCAAAUUGCCAUGGAAACUUACAUCCGCCAGAGGCAGCUGAUCAUGUCUCCUUUGAUUCCAUCGAAAAUUAUCGGGGAGAACGAGCCCCUCACGGCCAUCUUCAACAAGGUCAUCGCUAACCGUGAGGUCAACCAUAAAGGCCAAGGGUUGUUUGUGACUCUGAAGCUGUUGCCGGGAGACCUGGCGCAGGUGCAGAAGGACUAUUCUCACUUUCUGGACCGCUCGACGGCCAUCGUCAGGAAGAUGGGCUUUCCAGAGAUCAUACUCCCAGGGUACGUGAGGAAUGACAUCUACGUGACGCUGCUUCAGGGGGAGUUUGACCGGGGCAAAAAAAAGACGCCCAAGAACGUGGAAGUGCUACUGAGUGUCCAUGAUGAAAAUGGAACCCCAGUAGAGAAAGCCUUAUUCCCUGGAGCUGGAUAUGAUGGCAUCACCGAGUACAAAUCCGUCAUCUACUACCAGGUCAAGCAGCCCUGCUGGAACGAGACAGUCAAGGUAGCGAUUCCCAUUGAGGAUGUGUGCCAAUGUCACCUGAGGUUUAUGUUCAGGCACCGUUCGUCUCAGGACUCCCGGGACAAGUCUGAGAAGCCAUUCGGCAUGGCGUACAUGAAGCUGAUGAGGACCGACGGCACCACCCUACGGGACGGCAGACACGACCUCAUCGUCUACAAGGUGGAGAAGAAGGUGGAGGAGGCCAGCACCUACCUGACGCUGCCCGGGUCCUGGGGGGAGGUGGAGGAGCGAGAGCGUCAGACGGGGAAGUCCUUCCACCCCUCCGGCGCCAUCCCCGUCACCAAGGACAGCUUCCAGAUCGCCUCCCUCACCUGCUCCACCAAGCUCACCCAGAACGUGGAUCUGUUGGGGUUGUUGAACUGGAGGUCUAACCCCGAGGAGCUGGAGCAGAACCUUCAGAGGCUCAUGGAGGUGGAAGGGGCAGAGAUUGUCAAGUUCCUGCAGGACACCCUGGAUGCCGUCUUCAACAUUAUGAUGGACAUGUGUCAGAAGGACACCUACGACACGCUGGUGUUCAACGCUCUGGUGUUCAUCAUCUCUUUGAUCGGAGACAUCAAGUUUCAGCACUUCAACCCUGUUCUGGAGACCUACAUCAACAAGCACUUCAGCGCCACCCUGGCCUAUGUGAAGCUGACCAAAGUGCUGAAUCAUUACGUGGCGAAUGCGGAGGACCAAAAGCUGACAGAGAGGCUGUAUGCGGCGCUCAAGGCCUUUAAGUACCUCUUCAGGUUCAUCGUCCAGUCACGCGUCCUCCACCUCAGGUUUGAUGGCAACAGAGAGGACGGCGAUGCUUUCUUCAACUCCAUCCGAACGCUCUUCCUGUCCAUCAACGCCCUGAUGGACAGACCCCUGGACGAGGGAGUGAAGAUAAAGGGUGCGAUCCUGAAGUACCUCCCCACUAUCAUCAAUGACCUGCAGACCGUCUUUGAUCCGGUUGAACUCAGUGUCCACCUGACCAAGUUCAUCGAGAGCAUCCCUGACUCUUACAUGGUGCGACAGAAGAUUGGCUGCAUGUGCAAGAUAGUGGAGAGUGACCUCUUCAAGCAGCCCGAUUGCAGAGAUGUCCUCCUGCCUCUGCUGACGGACCAGUUGAGUGGGCAGCUUGAUGAUCACUCCAGUAAGCCGGACUACGAUGCCUGUGUGCAGCUCCUCAGCACCAUGCUGGACAUGCUCGACCGCAAGGACGUGGGCCCGACGGGGGAACACAUCCGGAUCAUCAUGGAGCGACUUUUACGCAGAGUCAACCGAACUGUCAUAAACAUGAAUGAGAGCUCUCCACUCAUUGGUCACUACCUGGCCUGUAUGACUGCCAUCCUGAAGCAGAUGGACGACUUGCACUACGCCCACUACAUCAACACCUUUAAGACCCUGCAGGACCUCAUCGACUUCCUGAUGGAGACCUUCAUCAUGUUUAAGGACCUGAUGGGGAAGGUGUUUCCGUCAGACUGGAUGCUGAUGAACCUGCUGCAGAUGCAGGUGUUCCUCCGGGCCACCGACCUGUACUCCGACGUGCUCAACGCUCGCUUCCUCGACCCCGCUCACUUCCACCAGCAGCUCUGGGAUAACUACUUUCAUCUGACGGUGGCCUUUCUGACCCAUAAGUCUCUUCAGCUGGAGACCUUCUCUCUGGAGAAGCGUACCAAAAUCUUCAACAGAUAUGGCGACAUGAGGAAGAACCUUGGUUUCAAGAUGAGAGACAUGUGGUACAACCUGGGCCCCCAUAAGAUGAAGUUCAUCCCGUCCAUGGUGGGGCCCAUCCUGGAGGUGACCCUCAUCCCCGAGCCCGAGCUGCGCAAGGAGUCCAUCCCCAUCUUCUUCGACAUGAUGCAGUGCGAGUACAACUUCAGCCCCAGCCGCACAUUCCAAUCUUUUGAGCAUGAGCUCAUCACUAAACUGGACCAUGCUGUGGAAGGGGGGCGUGGUGAUGAGCAGUAUAAGGUCCUCCUGGAGAAAACGUUGCUGGAGCACUGCAGACGCCACCGGUACCUGGCGCAGCCUGGAGAGGAGUUGGCCCUGCUGCUCAGUAGCCUGCUGGAGAACCUGCUGGCCUACCGCACCAUCACACACGACGAGAGUCCAGAACUACGCAUGGGCUGCACCGUCAACGUGCUGAACUUCUACAAGGAGAAGAAAAGAGAAGACAUCUAUAUCCGGUACCUGUAUAAGCUGCGGGAUCUCCAACUGGACUGUGAAAACUACACAGAGGCUGCGUACACACUCUUACUGCAUGCAGAACACUUGGAGUGGUGUGACCGGCCCUGCGCCCCCCACCUGAUCCCAAGAGCGGGCUCCCAUGAGUGGACCCAACAGGAGCUGAAGGAGCGCCUCUUCCAUGAGAUCAUGUGCUACCUUGACAAGGGCAAAAUGUGGGAGAAGGCCAUUGAGAUGGGCAAGCAGCUGGGCAAGAUGCACGAGAACCAGAUGUUUGACUUCAUGGAGCUGAGCCAACUCCUCAAACAGCAAGCUCAGUACUAUGAGAACAUCAUGCACGCCAUGCGUCCCCAGCCGGAGUACUUUGCUGUGGGCUACUACGGCCUUGGGUUCCCCAGAUUCCUCAGAAAUAAGAUGUUCAUCUACCGGGGGAAGGAGUAUGAGUGGUUAGAGGACUUUAGCCUGAAGCUGCUGUCUCAAUUCCCCAACGCAGCCAGGAUGACCAGCACAUCGCGCGCUGGUGACGACCUCUGCAAUUCACCGGGCCAGCACAUCCAGUGUUUCACCGUCAAGCCGGUGCUCACCCUGCCCCAGCAGUUCAAGGACAAGGGAGUUCCCGAACAAAUCCUCAAUUACUACCGGACCAAUGAGGUGGAUAAGUUCCAGUACUCCAGGCCAUUCAGGAAAGGCGAGAAGGACCCAGACAACGAGUUUGCUACCAUGUGGAUUGAGAGAACCACGUACAUCACGGCCUACAAGUUCCCCGGGAUUCUGAAGUGGUUCGAAGUGAAGUCCAUCUCUGUGGAGGAGAUCAGUCCCCUGGAGAACGCCAUAGACACGAUGGAGCUGGCCAAUGAGAAGCUGAGUAACCUGGUGCAGCAGCAGACGUGUGACCGCACACUGGCCGUCCACCCGCUCUCCAUGAUGCUCAACGGCAUCGUUGACCCCGCCGUGCAGGGUGGCUUCGCCAACUACGAGAAGGCUUUUUUCACAGAGAAGUACAUGCAGGAGCACCCAGAACAUCGGGAGCGCAUCGACGUACUCAAGCACCUCAUUGCUCUGCAGAUUCCUCUGCUGGACGACGGGAUCCGUAUCCAUGGCGAGAAGGCCACAGAGCAGCUGAAGCCGCUACACAACCGCAUCGUCAGCUGUUUCCAGGACCUCCGCACGAAGGUGGAGAAACUCUAUGGGGUCAUCACUCUGCCCUGCUCUCUGACCCAGGGGAAGAAAAGUCGUGUGGGCUCGGUGGUGAUGCCAUACAUCAUGUCCUCCACGCUUCGCCGCAUGUCUACCAUUUCCACCCUAAGCUCCACCUCCUCCGGCCUCUCCAGUGGCUCCGCCUCCUCAGAAGGACAGCCCUCACGCCCCCCCUCCCAGGACUGCAUGCUGUCUGAGCGUCGGGCAUCGGCUCUGCCUCGUGUUGAAGACGACUCGCGCAUCGGCAGGAAGAACAGGAAGGAAUGGAACGUCAGCAAAUCACAGGUGCUGCUGGAGCGGAACGACGCAGACCAGACUCUUCCAGAGAGGCAGCAGAGGCCAAAGAGUCUGCAGCUGGGGGAUCGCAAGCUCACACUGUCACUGUUCCAGGGAGACUCCGCACAGCAGAACAUUCUGCAACUCCCCUCGUCUCCAUACACACCGCGCAGCUCCAGCUAUACCUGGCUGCCAGAGGAUGGCACUGUUUCUGCACCCAGUCCAAGCACACCACCCCCCAUGCCCCCCAAGAAGCACCCGCACGAGUCAGACUUUCCCCUCAACACUGCAGAGUUUACUCCUCCAUUACCGACGAAGGUUGACGGCAAACCCCCUCCUCCUCCUCCCAAAACCCGCAAGUCCAUGUUCCCCUCUUAUGAGCACAGCCUCUAGUGAUCUCCCUCUUACUGCCCCCUACUGCCCUGGAGACCUCAUUACACCUGUCCUGCACCUGAUCCUGGGCGUUCAGUUCUUCCAGCCUCCCCACACCACUCACUGGGCCUCUGCAGCCUCUGCCCCCAACACUGGGGCACUUAAGACCAUUCUGCCCCAACACUGGGGCACUAUGGACCAUUCUGUUUCCACACCAGGGCAGUUUGGACACAGAAACAGCUAAUGCCUUACUGAGCUCUAGGGGUGGUCUCUGUGUGUGUGUGUGUGUGUGUGUGUGUGUGUGAGUGAGAGACAGAUAUAGAGACAGAAACAGCUAAUGCCUUACUGAGCUCUAGGGGAGCUUAUUAGAAUUAUUCAGGAGAUUUUUUACCUUGAUAAUUUGAUUUUGUAAUCAGAAUUGGUUUUGUAUAUGUUCUUGUACUACUGUGUGUGUGUGUGUAUGUGUGUCUGUGUUGCUUCUCCACUGGACACCUGCUACUUUUUAGGCUUUUUAAGGGAAAAUGUACUUGAAAUGGGGACGAUGGCCAUGCAGCAUUUUGAUGAACUUUUGAUUCCAGUGAAGUUCCUGUGGCACUUUAGCUCCGCGUGGGCUCUACCGAGAAGCCUUCCUCUCCACACACACACACUCCUCCCAGGACUCCACACACACACACACACACUCCUCAGAGGACUACUCACAGACACAUUCACUCAAUGCUCCAAGGAUUCCACACAAACACACUCAGAGGAUUCCGCACACACACUCCUCUGAGGAUUACACACACACACACACACACACACACACACACACACAUACAUACAUACACUCAUCUAAGGACUACACACUCACUCCUAAGAACUUAAAAAACACACUCGCCUCUGGGGUCUACACACAUUGACACACUCCUCCGAGUACUCGUCACACACACAGCAUCAGAACACACUAAGCCAGCAUCACACACACACACACACACUCUCUGCACAGUGGGAUGUGGUGUGUUAAGUGCCUGUGGGUCUCCCUCCUUCUGCGUCUGACUGAAAUCAGCACUGGAAUCUCUCUCUGGCCACGUAGCUUCUCCAUGCAGCGUUUGAGCAACAAACAGACCAAGCUAUGCGCUUUGCAACAGAUGUUUAUAUUUUUUCACAGUGUGCAUUUUAGGUACUCUCCUGCUGCCCAGCACUUCAUUGGCUAGCUUCACCUAACGCUGAAGCUCCUGAGUCAUUCCUCAUUGGCUAGGUUCACUUAACGCCUCAGUCAUUCCUUAUGAACUGUAUUCUUACUUUGUCCUUCCAUUUCCAAGCAGGUUCCAAUGGCACAAAGCAUGAUUUCAGGAUAGUGGGGAUGAAAAUGCAGUUUGAGUAUUUUACACCUUAAGAGUAAAUAGACUUGUUAUAUGGAACAUGUGGAAGUGACAAGUUGUAUUUAAUGUGUUCCUUAAAAGCAAAACCAGCUUAUGGUGAAACGGGCAAUAUUAGGGAAACUAGCCUGACGGUGUGAAAGUAAUAUUUGGGAAAAUUGCCUGACGGUGUUUUUUUUUCCUUCUUUCUUUGAGAUACUGUAUGAGUACAAAUGUGCAAGAUUAUUUUAAACUGAAUAUUUUUGUAAACAAAAAAUGGUUAACCAAACAAUUGCAAAUUAAAGAUGUGUCUAAUUGAGACAUGAAAACGA